CUUCCUUAACAUUUUCCUAAAAAUGUUCCAAGAUAAUCUCCUAAAGGGUCAUCAGUACUCAUGUUACUUCCUAAGGAAACUCAGGAAGAAGCUCCGACGAGUGUGCUUGAGGCUGAGGUGGCUGAUCCGGAAGCGCCCGAGGCUCAGGAUCGUUGUGAAGAGACUAAGAAAGUUCAAGCCGAACGGUCACUUCGAUGUUAGAUUGAGGAAUUCCAUGCCUGAGAGGCCCAUCAGGAUUGCAACAUUCAAUGUCGCCAUGUUCUCCCUAGCCCCAGCCAUCCCAAUUGGUAAUGAUAACAAAUCUGGUUUUCUUGAUCAUGAGGCGGAGGGGGAGGAGGAGGCGGGCAGCUACCGGCUCAAGAGUAUACUGAAGCAGUCUCCGCUGAAUCCCGGGGCAGAGAACGGGAUCAGGAGGCCAGAAAGGUCCAAGAUGAAGGUCUCAAUAAAUCUUCCAGAUAAUGAGAUUUCACUAGCAAACAGAAAGUUCCUAGGAUUCGUUGAAAGUGAGCAGAAAGGGUCACCGAUCUUGUUCAUUAGGAAUGGUGACAACAACAACAACAGGACCAAAGUCCCGGUGAGGUCCCCGAUAUGUUUCCCUUACACUAUGAUGAACAACUUCAUGAAGUAUACAAAUGAUGAAGACGAGGAUGAGAAUGAUUUACUGAUGAUGGGGUCUAGUCGAAGGAAGAGCAUAUUUGAAGUGCUGAGGGAGGUGAAUGCAGAUAUACUGGGCCUGCAGGAUGUUAAGGCAGAGGAGGAGAAGGGGAUGAGGCCGCUGUCGGACCUUGCACGGGCCCUCGGGAUGCACUAUGUGUUUGCAGAGAGCUGGGCACCGGAGUACGGGAAUGCCAUCCUCUCCAGGUGGCCCAUCAAGAGGUGGCGGGCCCAGAAGAUCGCUGAUGAUGAUGAUUUCCGGAACGUGCUGAAGGCAACAAUAGAGGUGCCGUGGGCAGGGGAGCUUAACUUCAGCUGCACCCAGCUCGACCAUCUAGAUGAGUACUGGAGGAUGAGGCAGGUUCGGGCGAUUGUACAAUCCUAUGAUCCUCCUCAUAUCUUAGCAGGUGGUCUUAACUCUCUAGAUGAGUCGGAUUACUCGGUGGAGAGAUGGAUGGACAUUGUUCGGUACUACGAAGACAUAGGGAAGCCCACGCCAAAACCGGAGGUGGUGAAAUUCAUGAACUUGAAGCAGUACAUUGAUGCAAAGCACUUUGCAGGAGACUGUGAGCCUGUGGUCAUCAUUGCGAAAGGCCAAAAUGUUCAGGGGACCUGCAAGUACGGGACACGAGUUGACUAUAUACAGGCAUCGCCCUAUUCGCCAUUCAUGUUCGUGCCAAACUCGUACUCUGUGGUUUCUUCGAAGGGCACUUCGGAUCACUGCAUUGUGAAGGCCGAUGUCGUUAGAGUACAAGUUAGCAAGAAAGAAGGCAACAGUAACAGUACAAGUUUGAAGCAAUUGAGGCAGAAGGUUGUGAGGAUUGGCAGCUCUCGUUGCUCCUAUAGAGGUUCAUGGCAUUUCGACAGUUAAAAAGAGAGUGAUUAAAAAUAUAUAUAUCUUCUCAUAUUUAUGUAAAUCUAUAUCCAUUUGUAAUUUCUAUUAAUUUAACACAAAAUGCUAUUGGUUUUCUCUAAUGAUGAAGAAUAAGAGGAAGGAAACCUCCAACUCGUUCCUCCAUCAUAUGGUAAUCUGUUUAUCAAGGACAUUGGAUAUAGAGAGCACUUCCGGUUUUUUAUGGUCCUAAA